AUGGCUGCUAUCGUGAUAUUAUUAGUCAUAAAAUUUUGGCUUCAGUGCACAGUGGUGUAUGGAUUUGAUUUCAUAUCUCAAUAUCCCAUGCACUCAAAUGAGACAUUCCAUUUUAACCAUUUGGCUGUAGAUAGAGUAAGUGGUCAAGUUUAUGCCGCAUCAGUAAAUUGGCUACAUCAAUUAAGUCCAGAUUUAAAGCCAUUACACGUAAUACGAACGGGGCCUAAACUUGAUAACCCGACGUGCCAUGCUAGUGGUUGUUCUUCUUCCGAUAUUCAAACUACAUGGAUUGAUAAUGUGAAUAAGAUAUUAGUGAUAGACCAGGAAUCCAGAAUAGUGAUAGCCUGCGGUUCUGUGGCACAAGGAUCGUGUUUUAAGUACAAACUUGGCGAUCUAUCUGCUGAGGCCGAAUUCGUCGCAGAAAGUGUGGCUGCUAAUGAUGCGGAGGCUUCUACUUACGCAUUUAUUGGACCUGAAAGAUACAAUUCAUGGGAUCGUUCAAAUGUCCUAUAUGUGGGCACAACAUUUACAAACAAUGGAGAAUAUAGGCACGACGUUCCUGCUAUUUCGAGCCGUGAUUUGAUGUCUCUUCAACUGGCGCAGUUCACAUUUUCCAAACAAAGCUUGAUACAAAUUGAUGUGAAAUACAGGGAUAACUUUUUAGUGCAAUAUGUGUAUGGAUUCAAUGCAAGUGAUUAUGCGUAUUUUCUUAUCAUUCAGAAACAUUCUCACCUCGCAGGGAAUGAAGAGCUUGGAUAUGUGUCAAGGUUAGCCAGGACUUGUGUGAAUGAUGAUAACUAUAACAGCUAUACUGAAGUGACGUUAGAGUGUCAUGUAAAAGAAGUGACUAGUGAUGGUAAGAGUGAUAUUGUCAAUUACAAUCUUGUUCAAGAUGCUAAAAUUGCUAAGGCUGGUGUAAACCUUGCAAAUCAAUUAGGUAUAGAACCAGGUGAUUCAAUUCUUGUAGCAACAUUUAGCCCAUCUAAGGGUAUUAGUAAUGAACCAACAUCUAAGUCGGCUAUAUGUGUGUACUCAUUACAAGAAAUAGAAAUUAAGUUUAAUGAAAAUGUUCACAUGUGUUUCAACGGUAGUACAAAGGCACGAAAUAUGGGCUAUAUAUCAGGCAUGAUAUCUGAUGGUAAAUGCCCCAGUGUAGGUUCUGUAGGUAACAUUCUGAAUUUUUGUGAAGUAGGUUUAAAAAUAAGUGGCCUGUAUCCUAUCAAAACGACAUCUGUUAUACAAUGGAAUGAUACUCUUAUAACAUCUGUUACAAUGUCUGUCACCGGUUUACAUUGUGUGGCAUUUUUGGGUACAAGCAGUGGUACACUGAAAAAGGUCUUGAUAGAUGCUGAUAAAGCUUUGGAAUAUUCCAGUGAUAGCUUAUUACCUGGACAAAAAAUCCUCCCCGACACUACUCUGUCUCCAUACCAAAAAUCCUUGUACAUCUUGGCAAAAAAUUCAAUAAUUCAAAUACCAACUGAAAAAUGUGCAGAUUAUAGCAAUUGUUCCUCAUGUUUAGAAUCAAAUGAUCCUCACUGUGGAUGGUGUUCAUUGGAAAAACGGUGCACAAUACAAAAUAUGUGCCAGAAAGGUACACAGAGUGCUCCGCGUUGGCUCUCUCAGUAUACCGGACAACAGUGCAUUGAUUUUGAACAAAUUUUACCAGACAGAAUAUCAAUUAGUGAAGUGACAACAGUUCAAUUGGUUAUCAGAACUUUACCUGAAUUGCCAUUUGGUGCUAAAUAUAAGUGUGUUUUCGGAAAUGCCCCUGCAAUUGACGCAGCUGUAACAUCAAGUGGUCUAGCUUGUCCAACACCAGACAUAAAACAUAGACCUAAAAUUUCGCAAAACCAAGACCAUGUCUAUGUGCCACUAUCAGUUCAUUCAUCUGAAACAAAUAAAGAUUUUGUAUCAAGAAACUUUGCCUUUUAUGACUGUUCUAAACAUACUACAUGUCAUACAUGCAUUUUAAGCGAAUGGGCUUGCAACUGGUGUAUAUAUGACAAUAAAUGCACUCAUGAUAUUUCCAUAUGUCAGAGGACAAUCAUUUCUGGAGAAAAUAAUCCAACAAAACUAUUAAACCAUGGUAUUGGACAUUGUCCUAGAAUUAGACAAUAUAAAAAACCAAUAUUAUUGCCUAAUAAUGUACCUAAAGAAUUAGAGCUUGAAGUGGAAAACCUGCCUCACUUACAACCUGGCCACACAGGAUUUCAGUGUAUAGUUAGCAUUGAAUUAGCCAACAUGAUAUUACCAGCAAGAGUUGAAUCAAACCAUUUUAUUGUCUGUGAUAAAACUAUGUACUCCUAUGAAGAAGAUGUUGGUGAAUACAAUGUGAGUGUCAAAGUUUUUUGGAAUCAUAAACAUUAUAUUGAUACAAUUACAAUUACUUUAUAUAAGUGUGAAAUAUUAGGUUCACAUAGAGAUCAUGCUGACUGUUCUCUUUGCAUUACGCGAAACACUAUUUAUCAGUGCACAUGGUGUGGAAAUUCAUGUUCAUAUAGUGACUCUUGUCUUGAAAAUCCAGUUACUGAAUGUCCCAAACCCAGGAUUGACAUGAUCAAGCCAUUAAGUGGGCCUAUUGAAGGAGGAACAAUUCUAACUAUAGAAGGCAGUAAUCUUGGACUACGAGUUGAGGAAGUAACUGGCAAAGUUCGUAUUGGAGAUGUUCUUUGUAAUAUUGUAGACUUUGAAGUGUCUGUGAGCAUAACCUGCAAAACUGGACCAUCAAACACAUCUGCAGUACUACCAGUUAUAGUUGAAAAUGACUCUGGAUAUACUGAAUCCUCUGUAUUAUUUAGCUACAAGAAUAUUAAACUGCAAGGUGUUUAUCCAACUUUAGGUCCCGUCGCUGGUGGCACUCAAUUGGCUAUAGGUGGACAACAUCUCAAUAUUGGAUCUUCAGUUUUUGCGUAUUUAGAUGAACUACCCUGUGCUGUCAAUAAAACACAAACUUCAAACAGUAGACUAAUAUGUAUAACACCUAAAGCAAAUAUUCCGAGAGUUAUACACACCUUGACUGUAUCUAUAGACAACGCUAAUAGAACUCUAAAUGGAGAUUUGUUCAAUUACACAGCUGAUCCCACAAUAAUGGAGAUAAAACCUUUAAAGAGCUUUGUAUCUGGGGGUAGAAUGAUAACAGUUCACGGGACAAACUUGCAUACUAUUCAAAAACCCUUAAUGAGAUUGUUUUAUGCAAAUGAAAAGAUUCCAGUUAACUCAACUUCUUGCGUAGUUCUCAACUCAAACCAGAUGGAGUGUCCAAGUCCAGCCAUUAAUAAAAAAUAUUACGAUAUAAUACAAGCUACUAAGGCUCAAACGAGUACUCCACAAAUCGCAAUGAAGAUAGGAUUUGUAAUGGACAACGUUGAAACAAUGCAUGAUUUAGAAAAAUACUUUAAUCCGCCUAGAACUCACAUAGUUUAUGUUGACGAUCCUCACAUUUACCAGUUUCCCAAUCGAAUUAAAUCCUAUAAAGACCAUCACGAUCCACUGGUGAUUGAGGGAGAAAAUUUAAUUAAAGCUAGCGACGAAACCGAUGUUAUUGUAACCAUUGGUACCCAACCCUGCAAUGUAACUAGUCUGACAAUGCAACAGUUAUUGUGUACUCCUCCAGAAAUUCAACCGGCCAAUACUGAUGAAAAUGGAUUUCAAAUGAAUGAUUUAAACUUGCCCUUAGUGGUUGUCAAAAUUGGGAGAAAUUUAAGAUUUCCCAUAGGCUAUCUACGUUAUGAACUCUUAAGAAAUUACAAUUUCCCUCCCGAAGCUAUUGCUGCAAUAGCGGCCGGCACAUUCUUUAUAGUAUUAAUAUUUAUGAUAGUGCUGGUAAUGUACAGGCGUCGCAGUACAAAAGCAGAAAGAGAGUACAAACGAAUUCAAAUACAAAUGGACACCCUUGAAAGCAAUGUCCGUUUAGAGUGUAAAUUAGCAUUUGCAGAGCUUCAAACUGAUAUGUCCGAUUUGGCAGCCGAUUUAGAACACUCUGGGAUACCGACCUUGGACCAUGUAAAUUAUGUCAUGAAGGUAUUCUUCCCUGGAGUUUCCGACCAUCCCAUUUUGAAUAUACAACGUCAAUUUAUAAAUACGCCAAGAACCAAUUACGAUGCUGCUAUGUUUCAAUUUGAGCAGCUAUUAAGUAAUAAGUGUUUCCUAUUGUCCUUUAUUGACACGUUAGAGGCACAAAAGUCAUUUAACAUUAGGGAUAAGGUGAAUGUCGCAUCGUUGUUGAUGAUUAUUCUAAUGGGUAAAAUGGAAUACGCAACUGAUAUUUUGAAGUCCCUUCUGUUGCGACUAAUUGACAAAUCAGUAUGCAAUAAACACCCGCAGUUAAUGUUGCGAAGAACAGAAAGUGUUGUAGAAAAAAUGCUUACCAACUGGAUGGCACUAUGCAUGUAUUAUUAUCUAAAGGAUUAUGCAGGAUCAUCUCUUUUCUUGUUAUUCAAAGCGAUCAAACACCAGAUAGAAAAGGGUGUAGUCGACGCCAUAACUAACGAAGCAAGAUAUUCAUUAUCAGAAGAAAAAUUGCUGAAAGAACAAAUAGAUUAUCAAAUAGUCACACUCCACAUAAUACAAGACGAUUUUGAUGACAAAGUGCAGUGCAAAGUAUUAGACUGCGACAGUAUAUCUCAAGUAAAAGGUAAAAUAUUAGAUGCUCUGUUUAAAAAUACUCCGUUUAGUUUGCGGCCCUCCGUCCACGAAGUUGAUUUAGAAUGGCGACAUGGAAGAGGUGGUCACGUCACACUUCAAGAUGAAGACGUCACUACAAAAACGUUAAAUGGGUGGCGUAAAUUGAACACGUUAGCUCAUUAUGGCGUCAAAGAAUCCGCCAUCAUGUCGCUGAUACCGCGCCAGAAUGAUAGUUUUAAUACCCCAUAUAAAAUUCCAUGUAAAAACUGUACCGGUAUAUACUGCACAAACUCACAUAUACGUGUAUAUAAAAAUGACAUAACUGAUCAAAACGUUCACUAUUAUCACCUAGUAAAGCCUAUCGAAUACCAACAUAUCGUCAAUAAAUCUUCAGAGCAUAGUCAUAAAGCCAUACCAGAGAUAUUUCUCACUAGACUCUUAUCGACUAAGGGCACCGUGCACAAGUUUGUAGACGAUUUCUUCGGUACUAUAUUGACCGUAAAUGAAGUUCUACCCCCCGCUGUGAAAUGGUUGUUCGAUCUAUUCGAUGACGCAGCUAGAUCUCACGGAAUAGUGAAUCCGGAAGUAGUGCACGCCUGGAAAUCGAACAGUUUACCUUUAAGGUUCUGGGUGAAUCUUAUAAAGAAUCCAGAUUUCAUUUUCGAUAUAAACAAAACGGCGACGGUCGAUUCGUCGCUGUCGGUGAUAGCGCAGACGUUUAUGGACGCGUGCUCGCUAUCGGAACACCGGCUUUGUAAGGAUUCUCCGUCGAACAAGCUUUUAUUCGCAAAGGAUUUACCUACUUAUAGAGACAUGGUUAUUCAUUUCUACCAGGCCGUAUCUCAAUUACCUCAGGUGACCGACCAGGAGCUCAGCACUUCGAUGCAACAGCUCUCUGUAGAACAGCUGAAUGAAUUUGACACACUCUCCGCUUUAAAAGAGCUGUACAUCUAUGUCAGUAAGUAUAGAGAACAAAUUGUGUUAGGAUUAGAAAAUAAAAUGCACUUAGCUCAUAAACUAGACAACAUAGCGUGCACUAUGGAGGGGGACCCCUCGUCCAUAUGCUGA